CCCAAACCCAACCCCGUAAAACCCCCCAAAAUUCCCCGGAAAACCACCCAAAACCCCACAAAAACGCCCAGAACCCGUCGGUACUCAUUCAUCCACCACCAAAGCGGCGGCCCAACUCAUCGGUCCUUCCAGAAACACUUCGCAAGUCACAAAAGCAGCCAUGCCGCCACUCGCGCGCCGCUUCCUCCUCCUCCACCACCACCACGCGCUGCCGCGCGGGGCGCGCGCCCUCCACACGACCCCGCGCACCGACCCGGGGGUGCUGGCCUGCCGUCUGGCGUCCCGCGCCGUGGUCCGCUUCGCGGGUCCCGAGGCGGCGCGCUUCCUGCACUCGCUGCUCACCAACGACCUCCUCUCGGCUUUCUCCGCGGCGGCCGCGUCGGCGCCGCAGCGGUACGCGCCCACGCCCAACGCGCCCGCGCGGGGCCCCGCGGCGCCCGCCUACGCCGCGCUGCUCACGCCGCAGGGGAGGUUCCUCUACGACCUCUUCCUCUACCGGCCCCCGCCGCCGUCCCAGAUGCUCGACCGGACCGGCUCCGCGCCGGAGACCGGGGAGGCUCCCGAGGGGGACACGGGGGAGCCUCAGGAGGUGCUCGCUGAUGUUGACGCCGCUGAGGUGGACGACCUCGUCGCCUGCUUCAAGAGAUAUCGGUUGAGAUCCAAGGUUGAAAUAGACAAUGUAAGUGAGAAUUUUGCAUGUUGGCAAAGAUUUGGACAUAAUGUAGUGCAUACUGAACCUUCUACUCAAGAGCCUGAGGCUCAAUCCAUUGGAUGGGGACAAGGUGUUGAUCAUGCUGGUGAGUCAGCUGCACAAGGGAACGGUCAUGGUUGGCAAUGGCUCAAAGAUCCUCGGUUGGACUACCUUGGUUACAGAGGAAUUUUUCCAGCUAACACAAUACCACCACUAGUUGAGUCUGACAAAGAAGCGGAUGAACGGCAUUAUCAACUUUGGCGCAUAGAAAAUGGAGUUGCAGAAGGUUCAACUGAGAUCCCAAAAGGUGAAGCAAUCCCGCUGGAGUACAAUCUUGCUGGCCUGAAUGCUAUUUCCUUUGAGAAAGGAUGCUACAUCGGGCAGGAGCUUAUUGCACGGACACACCAUCGUGGUGUCGUUCGGAAGCGCCUAAUGCCAAUGAAGUUUGUUGACGAAAAUGGGCAAGAACUCGAGGAGGCUGUCGUCGCUCCAGGUUCAGAAGUUGUGGAUGAGGCUUCAGGCAAGAAGAUCGGGACAGUAAACACCGCACUGGGCUCCCGCGGGAUGGGCCUGUUGAGACUCGAGGAAGCACUGAAACCAGGCUCGGCCCUCCGCAUCAGCGAUAACAGGGACGUGAAGGUCCAGGCGAUCAAGCCGGACUGGUGGCCAGCCGAGUGGACGCAGGUGCUUCAGCAACAGAGCGCAGCAGCUUGACAGCAGAACUGUAUAUGCUGGACCCAAAACCCUGCCGUCAGUUAGUUGAAGAGGGGCUGGCAGCACCCAUAGCUAACCGUUUCAGUUUCAAGUUUUGGUUGUCUGGUGUAUGAAGGCGGAGCCUAUAGUUUUUCCUCUCAAAAAGUCAAGAAACGGUAGAGCCUAUUUUCUUCCUCUCUGCCUGCUGCGUUCAUCUGUAGCAUGUCGAUCAGAACGAGAUAAGCAAACUGUGUGAGCGUGUGACCCAAACACGCAGUGUAUUCGAAUAAGUUCAUCUGUUAAGUUGACUGAAUAAAGUUGAUCUGUCGACUGAUCUUCAACACCA